UCGAGAUUCUUUUUACAACUCCAUGCGCUACACACGUAACGAUAGCCUGCGCUGUAUAUAUACGGACUCCGAUUGUUUGAACACACAGAUCAGAUCCAAAUUUUAACGCAUCUGCACGAUCCUUAAUAAAUAAGUCCCUAAAAAAUAUCAUCAACAUGGAUUACGAUUUUUCUAACAAAGUAGUGCUGGUAACUGGCGCCAGUUCUGGUAUAGGCGAGUCCACAGCUCUCCUGUUCGCCAAACUUGGAGCGAAGCUGUCGCUGGUGGGAAGAAAUGAAGCUAACUUGCGAGCAGUCGCGGCCGAGUGCGAAAAGCAGAAGGGCGUGAAACCGCUGGCGAUCGUCGCUGACCUGGGGACUGAUGAGGGGGUCCAGAAGACUGCCAAACAGACCCUUGAACAUUUCAAGAGACUGGACGUCUUGGUCAACAACGCUGCCAUCGGCGCCCGCACCAGCAUCCUGCACGAGACAGACAUGAAGGUCUUCGACGACGUGUUCAGGAUCGACGUGCGCGGCGUGUACCUGCUCACCAAGCUGCUGGCGCCAGCCCUCAUCGAGACCAAGGGCAACGUCAUCAAUGUCUCCAGCAUUGCCGGAACUUUCGUCUCCGUCGGCUCUCUACCAUAUGGCAUGGCAAAAGCUGCACUGGACCACUUCACUCGUCUAGUGUCCCUCGAGCUGGCUCCAAAGGGUGUCAGAGUGAACACGGUCAGUCCAGGAAUGACUGUAAAUGUCAUGCGCAAGCGUGCCCUGUGCGCCACCGACAUCGACGAUGAGUUUAAACAGUGGAUGGAAGGUGCAAAGAAAAACAUUCCUAUGGGAGAGCCGUGUGUGGGAGACGACAUCGCCAGGAUGGUGGUGCACAUCGCCAGCGAGCACAGCAGGCUGGUCACUGGCACCAUCGUGGAGGUGGACGGGGGGCUGAGGUUCAACAACAUGUCGGACGCACUCGUCACACAUGUUAAAUGAUUCUAGAUCUAAAUAAAUUAAAAAGUCUGAGUUAAGUAAUUGUAGGGUUCAGUAAGGCAACGCACACUAACGUAAGCGUUGCUUAUAUAAACUAUUGUCACGCGCUUAGCGUUCGCUGUUGUUAUACACUAAUCGUAGAUGUAACACCUCUGUAUGUGACCUAGUGAAUAAACGAUUUAUGUGA